GCUCGGCGCCGAGGGGUCGUGCUCCCCGCUCGCGGCGCCUCGGGCUCCCGGCCCCCCAAAGCCAGAAGAGGAGCUUGGACCCAGCGCCCGUUCCUGUGCUUGCCGGGUCGCCCUGACCCUCUCUGGAUACCGGGUCGAUCGACGGGAGGACCGAAGACGCCGUUCUGGGAUUUAAUUUUUUCCUCCUCUCGGUGUUUGGAAUCUUACUUCUCACUUGGACAAGAACUCGAGAGCGAAAUCCCCGGAGGAAGAGGAAGGCAGCCCUGGAGUGGUUUCUUUACUGUAAUUUCAACAGAAGAGUGAGAGAUGGAACCUGAAGAAGAAAGGAUUCGUUACAGCCAGAGAUUGCGUGGUACCAUGAGACGGCGCUAUGAAGACGAUGGCAUUUCAGAUGAUGAAAUUGAAGGGAAAAGAACUUUUGACUUGGAAGAAAAACUCCACACCAACAAAUAUAAUGCCAAUUUUGUUACUUUUAUGGAAGGAAAAGAUUUUAAUGUAGAGUAUAUCCAGCGGGGUGGCUUGAGAGACCCUCUAAUUUUCAAGAAUUCUGAUGGACUUGGAAUAAAGAUGCCAGACCCGGACUUCACUGUGAAUGACGUCAAAAUGUGUGUGGGGAGUCGCCGCAUGGUGGAUGUCAUGGAUGUGAACACACAGAAGGGCAUUGAGAUGACCAUGGCCCAGUGGACUCGCUACUACGAGACCCCAGAAGAGGAGCGAGAGAAGCUCUAUAAUGUCAUCAGCCUAGAGUUCAGCCAUACCAGGCUAGAAAACAUGGUGCAGAGGCCCUCCACGGUGGAUUUCAUUGACUGGGUAGACAACAUGUGGCCAAGGCAUUUGAAAGAAAGUCAGACUGAAUCUACAAAUGCCAUCUUGGAGAUGCAGUACCCUAAAGUGCAGAAGUACUGUCUAAUGAGUGUUCGAGGCUGCUAUACUGACUUCCAUGUGGACUUUGGUGGUACCUCUGUUUGGUAUCACAUCCAUCAAGGGGGAAAGGUCUUCUGGCUCAUCCCCCCUACAGCCCACAACCUGGAGCUGUACGAGAAUUGGCUGCUGUCAGGGAAACAGGGAGACAUCUUUCUGGGUGACCGGGUAUCAGAUUGCCAGCGCAUUGAGCUCAAACAGGGCUAUACCUUCGUCAUUCCCUCAGGCUGGAUUCAUGCCGUGUAUACUCCUACAGACACGUUAGUAUUUGGAGGCAACUUUCUGCAUAGCUUCAACAUCCCCAUGCAGCUAAAAAUAUACAACAUUGAAGAUCGGACACGGGUUCCAAAUAAGUUCCGCUAUCCAUUCUACUAUGAGAUGUGCUGGUAUGUCCUGGAGCGCUAUGUGUACUGUAUAACCAACCGUUCCCACCUAACAAAGGAGUUCCAGAAAGAGUCCCUCAGCAUGGAUCUGGAGUUGAAUGGGUUGGAGUCUGGAAACGGAGAAGAGGAAGCAGUGGAUCGAGAGCCCCGGCGCCUGAGCAGCAGGCGUUCUGUCCUCACUAGCCCGGUAGCUAAUGGAGUCAACCUGGAUUAUGAUGGAUUGGGCAGAGCCUGCCGAAAUCUUCCAAGUGUGAAGAAAACUUUGUCUGGGGACUCCUCCUCUGACUCUAGCCGGGGCUCCCACAAUGGCCAAGUGUGGGAUGCCCAGUGCAGCCCUCGAAAGGACAGGCAGGUGCAUCUCACCCAUUUUGAGCUUGAAGGCCUUCGCUGUCUUGUCGAUAAGUUGGAGUCUCUGCCACUGCAUAAGAAGUGUGUCCCCACGGGGAUCGAAGACGAAGACGCACUUAUUGCCGACGUGAAGAUUUUACUGGAGGAGCUUGCCAACAGUGAUCCCAAGUUAGCCCUCACUGGAGUCCCUAUAGUGCAGUGGCCAAAAAGGGAUAAGCUUAAAUUCCCCACCCGGCCAAAGGUGCGGGUCCCUACCAUCCCCAUCACAAAGCCUCACACUAUGAAGCCAGCUCCGCGGUUAACCCCUGUGAGGCCAGCUGCUGCGUCCCCUAUCGUGUCAGGAGCCAGGCGGAGACGAGUGCGAUGUCGAAAAUGCAAAGCCUGUGUGCAAGGAGAGUGUGGUGUUUGCCACUACUGCAGGGACAUGAAGAAGUUCGGGGGCCCUGGGCGCAUGAAGCAGUCCUGUGUCCUCCGGCAGUGCUUGGCGCCCAGGCUGCCUCACUCGGUCACGUGUUCCCUCUGCGGAGAGGUGGAUCAGAAUGAGGAGACACAGGACUUUGAGAAGAAACUCAUGGAAUGCUGUAUCUGCAAUGAGAUCGUGCAUCCUGGCUGCCUGCAGAUGGAUGGAGAAGGCCUGCUUAAUGAGGAAUUGCCGAACUGCUGGGAGUGCCCCAAGUGCUACCAGGAGGACAGCUCGGAGAAAGCCCAGAAGCGGAAAAUGGAAGAGAGCGAUGAAGAAGCCGUACAAGCCAAAGUCCUGCGGCCCCUGCGGAGCUGCGACGAGCCCCUCACUCCCCCGCCUCACUCACCCACUCCCAUGCUGCAGCUCAUCCAUGACCCGGUGUCCCCCCGGGGUGUGGUGACUCGGUCAUCCCCUGGGGCCGGCCCCAGCGACCACCACAGCGCCAGCCGCGACGAGCGCUUCAAAAGGCGGCAGUUGCUGCGGCUGCAGGCCACCGAGCGCACCAUGGUACGGGAAAAGGAGAACAACCCGAGCGGCAAAAAGGAGCUGUCUGAAGUUGAGAAAGCCAAGAUCCGGGGAUCGUACCUCACUGUCACGCUGCAGAGGCCCACCAAAGAGCUCCACGGGACAUCCAUUGUGCCCAAGCUGCAGGCCAUCACGGCCUCCUCUGCCAACCUGCGCCAUUCCCCCCGCGUGCUAGUGCAGCACUGCCCAGCCCGGACCCCCCAGCGUGGGGACGAGGAGGGGCUGGGGGGAGAGGAGGAGGACGAGGAGGAGGAGGAGGAAGAUGACAGUGCAGAGGAGGGGGGUGCAGCCAGGCUGAAUGGCCGGGGCAGUUGGGCUCAGGAUGGAGACGACAGCUGGAUGCAGCGGGAGGUCUGGAUGUCUGUCUUCCGCUACCUCAGCCGCAGAGAACUUUGUGAAUGUAUGCGAGUGUGCAAGACGUGGUAUAAAUGGUGCUGCGACAAGAGACUUUGGACGAAAAUUGACUUAAGUAGGUGUAAGGCCAUCGUACCACAAGCUCUCAGUGGCAUCAUCAAGAGGCAACCAGUUAGCCUCGACCUCAGUUGGACCAACAUCUCCAAAAAGCAGUUGACGUGGCUUGUCAAUAGGCUGCCAGGGCUGAAAGACCUCCUGCUAGCAGGCUGCUCGUGGUCUGCAGUCUCUGCCCUCAGCACCUCCAGCUGCCCCCUUCUCAGGACCCUUGAUCUUCGGUGGGCAGUGGGAAUUAAGGACCCUCAGAUUCGGGACUUGCUGACUCCACCCGCUGAUAAACCAGGUCAGGACAAUCGCAGCAAGCUCCGGAACAUGACUGACUUCCGGCUGGCAGGCCUGGACAUCACGGACGCCACGCUCCGCCUCAUCAUCCGCCACAUGCCCCUCCUGUCUCGCCUCGACCUGAGCCACUGCAGCCACCUUACAGACCAGUCCUCCAACCUCCUCACCGCCGUCGGGUCUUCCACCCGCUACUCCCUCACAGAGCUCAACAUGGCAGGUUGCAAUAAGUUGACAGACCAGACCCUGAUCUACCUACGGCGCAUUGCCAACGUCACCUUGAUCGACCUUCGCGGGUGCAAGCAGAUCACUAGGAAAGCCUGCGAGCACUUCAUCUCAGACUUGUCCAUCAACAGCCUCUACUGCCUGUCCGACGAGAAGCUGAUACAGAAGAUCAGCUAGACGCCCGGCUGACGGGACAGGGGCCGAUCUUCCCCUGACUGCCCACCGAGGAGAGCCUCUCCCCGCCCCUGCACGGGCUCUGAGGCCAGCGUCACACUCCCUCUCUGCUCGCCUGUCCCCUGAGCCCCUCCGCUGGAGGCCAGGCAGGGAGGGCGGUGGACACGAGGCUGACCUGCCUGCCCCUCUUCCUCCCAAGGAACAGGGAGGAGCAGAUGGAGCCGAAGGGGAGCCCGGGCUGUCAGGAGGCCAGGCUCUGAGUUCGGGGUGUUUGUGCAGCCUUCAUCUGCACUGGGCCCUGGGCCCCUCCUCCCCACCCGUGGUCCCCAGCAGUGCCUGGUUCUGAGCAAACUUCCAGGGAAGAAAGCGACCCAGCCUCCGUGGCCAGGUUCUCCUUGAGGUGUCCGGUGCGUGUGUCUCUCCCAUCACUCUCCCGGCUUCUGCAGGAGGGGCGGCAGCCCCAGGACCGCCAGGCCCAGCAGGUCACACUGGUGCUGUGGAGGCGGCCGAGACCUCGCGCCCGCGUCGGCGCUGUCCUCCUCCCUGAGCGCGAUGUCCUUCGCGCCAUGAGGUUUCCCACCCGCCCCGGCCCAGGCUCCCCACGAGUCUCUGUGAGGUCCUUGUUGCACUUACUGGGGUUGAAGCUCUUUCAGGGAGCUGGAACUGCCUACCCCAGGGCCACCCCCAGUUCAUCCCUGCCUGGGAAGAUUCUGAGACAGGCUCCACCUCCCCGACUGCCCUUCCCACAUGUCCUCAUCCCUGCCCGGAUAGGGCUUCCCUAGGAUGCGUGUCAGCGAGAGCAGCCUGUCUCCCCCAGCAAGGGGCAGGCAGAGGCCUGGGCCAUGUCCCCACCUGCCUGCCAGCCAGGUUCUUCUAGGCCUCUGGUUUAGCGUAGCCCCCAGAGCCCAUGGGCUCACUGGGGCAGGGGGUCCAGCUUAGAAGCCAGUCACCUGCCCUCUGUAGCCGUGGAAGGGGGUGUGCAUGUGCCUCUGUGUGUGUGGCUGAGUGUCGUGUGUGUGUGUGGAGGAGGGUGGGGGAGCUGUCUCCCGCUCCACCGUCCUGUGUCAAGCCCCAUCAGCUGCCCCCUUUGCAUUCAACGGCCUGUCCAAAGAUCCUCUCUCUAGGGCAGCAGAGAGCUUUUUGCACUUUAAAAAAAAAAAAAAAAAAAGGAAAGAAAGGUGGGAAUCUCUCACGGGUCAGUAUGUGUGAGGAGAUGUUGGGGCAAGAGCUGGACAGCCGCGAAUUUGCACUCUGCUCCCUGGAAGGACAUUGAUAGCACAACCUCGCCCGCCGCCUCGUCCUCCAGCCCCUCCCUUCCUGACCCCUUCCCGGUGGCCCGGUCUCAGGCUUUCCUCUUCCUCCAGCCCUGUGGCCGGAGGGCCCGGAGCCCAGGUGCCAGGGGUCUGAAGCGCGAGCCGCCAGAGGAGAGACGCCACCUGCACCCUGGCCACUUCCAGAGCAAUAGAGACCCUCUUUGCCACCUGGCCCAGCUUUGACUGGCACUAACCGGCCUCAGGAUCCAGGGCCCUGGCCCAGCUUUGACUGGCACUAACCGGCCUCAGGAUCCGGGGCCCUGGCCCAGCUUUGACUGGCACUAACCGGCCUCAGGAUCCGGGGCCCUGGUUUGGGGGUGGUGGGUGUCUGUUUCUUCGGAUCUGCUGAUGUCUGCUCCCAUGACCCUCUGCCCGUCUGCCGGCCUCCAGGCCCCGGCACUCGGGGCUGGAACUUGGAGGAAAUGCCAGUGACGUAUUCCAGAGUGCCUCAGUUAGGGGACUUCUCUGUAAAGAACCCUGGGUAUUGAGCAAAAACCUUAUUAAUAUUAUUGUUAAUGACUUGUAAUUGGAAGCUUCCUGCCUUUUUUUGGUUGCUCCUGUGGAAAAUACUGAAAAGAUGACUUUGUUUUGUUUCCUUGUCUUUUUAUAAAAAGGGGAGGUGGAGAGACCCCCUCAGAGCAGGGAUUGUGCCGGGAGAGUGCCUCUGACUUUGGGACAUUUCAUCCUCAGAAAUUUCCAAGCUGAUGCUUUGUUUUGGGUUUUGGUUUUUAAUGUUUGUUUGGGGGUUUGGCAAAACAAGCAUUUUUACCGUGCACGUAAAUUGGCCAGCGGAAAAGGGAGCCCAGGAGCGGCGGCCGACGGCCCGAUGCUCUCGCUGGGCUUGGCUUUUCUUUGGGACUGUGAGGGGGAACUGGUUUUUAGAGGCGGAGGAAGAGGAGUGUCUCUGGGGACAGCAGAGCCUGGCGCUGCCCCGCGCGGCCCUGCCAUCUGCGCUCAGACACGGCCCUGCAGGGAGAGGCCGCCCUCAGACUGCAGGACCCGGCCCUGCCUCCAUCUGUCCAGCACCGGGGCGAAAAACCACAAAGGAAAGGAAGAAAAUUUAUAUAUAUAUAUAAUAUAAAAUCACUUGGUGAUUAAAAAUAACUGCUCCAUAAAUAAAACUCCUAAAGUCACUA